AUGGAUCCAACAAAAGUUGCUCUCCUGUUCAUGUUCUCUUCUGUGAUGCUUGCAGCCUCUGCAAUGCGCGAGGCCGACAAGCUCAAAAGAUACCAUGCCACCGUGCGAGAGCCAGGCGGCAUGGAAGCCGCCGGAGAACCAGUUGCCGAUACUGCGGGUGAGAAGACGGACAUGAUCAUAACGUCCGGCGAACAGAAGCUGCCACAAUUGCAGGGAGUGCGGUACCACGCAUUGUGGAACAUGAGCAACAUGGGUGAUGGGUUCAUCAUCGGGGUCCUCGACGACGGCAUCGACGCGGGGCACCCGUCGUUCGGUGACGAGGAGAUGCCGCCACCUCCCGCCAAGUCGCGGAGCCGGUGCAAGUACCCCGGCGUGGCGGCGUGCACCAACAAGCUCAUUGGCGCAAGGGCGUUCACGCGGCACCAACCUCCCGGCUUGGCGCUGGCGGGCACGCACGGGACGCACGCAUCGAGCGUCGCGGCCGGCGCGUUCGUGCACCGUGCAGACGGCGGAGAGCCUGGUGACGUGGUGUCAGGCGCCGCGCCACGCGCGCACCUCAUGUUCUACCAGGUGUGCAUGGCACAGGGAUGCUUGAGGGGCCCGAUCAUGCACGCCGUCGAGACGGCGCUGGCCGACGGGGUCGACAUACUCUCCUUGUCGCUCUGGGACGACGAAGGCCGAGGGUUUGACAAGGACCCGGUCGUCACGGCCAUGUUCUCGGCUGUCAUGAAGGGUGUAUUCGUCUGCGCCACGGCUGGCAACAAGGGCCCGGCGCCGGGGUCAGUCACGAACGACGCCCCCUGGAUACUCACAGUCGGUGCAAGCUCACAGAGCUCUCCUCGCUCGACCACCGUCGCGGCGUUCUCCUCGCGAGGCCCGAGCCGAAACAACGGUGGCGUGCUGAAGCCAGACAUCGUGGGUCCAGGGGUGGACAUCCUCGGGGCGGUGCCACGGUCGACGCACGGAUGA